UGAAUAAUGAAUUGUGAUGAAUCUUUAUACUCUAGAUGGAUGAAGUCUUGGGGAGCCAAUAUGGCUAGUGAGGGUAAGCAGAGAUCCCUAAUGAAAAGCCAGUUGUCAGAGCUACCAGUUGAAGGAGAGUCUGUACCAUUUGCAUUUAAUUUGAAACGCGGUGGUUACGAAUUAUGUCCAGCUCCAUUAGCGUAUGCCAAUGACUUGCAGUCAAUGCUAUUUCAUCUGCUCGAAGAGAAACAGAGAUUAAAUCAGUUAACCUGGCAUAAUGGUGUCAUUCCUGAUAAUGAGAUCUGGGUGAAGAUAGGAGGAGACAAAGGUGGUUCCUCAUUUAAAACCUCAAUCCAGGUGGUAAACAUUGACAAACCCAACUCUGUACGCAAUAGUUGUGUGUUUGUUGUGUUUGAGGCACCUGACUGCUCUUCAAAUCUUCACCAUAAAAUUCAUGAUCAAAUAGACCAUCUACAAAAUUCCUGUUGGAGAGGUUACACUAUCAGAGUAUUUAUGUCAGGUGAUUAUGAAUUCUUGUGCUACAUGUAUGGGUUAUCGGGAGCAAGUGGUAUGUAUAUGUACAUGUACAUGCAUAUAAUUAUAAAGUUUCACCUUUCAAUAAUUAGGUCAUCACUGCUGCUUAUAGUGUUCUAUAUCACAGGACCAAUUAAGUAUUCCACUUGUAGCACGAUACAGUGA